CCACACACUUUGUGACUUUCACGCGAGCAGUGCACAUUUGCUCAAAAUGUAUAGGCUCAUGGUAUUUGCGUUUGUGAUAGGGGCAGUGGUGUGCCAACAGCAAGAAGGCGGACGGAGGGUUCCCAAAUAUGCGGGAGACCCCAAAACUGCCGCCAUCCUGCAGGAAGCGAGGUACUUAAGUGGCAACGGAGCAUUCGGUGCAGCAUACCAACAGGAGGACGGCAUUGACUUCAAGGAGGAGACGGAUCCUGAUGGUAACAGACGCGGCAGCUACUCAUACAUUGAUCCGACCGGACAAAGGAAGACCGUGAACUACGUCGCCGGUAAAAAUGGUUUCCAAGCCAGCGGCGACCACAUCCCGACCGCGCCUCAACCCGUUGCUCCCACACCUGGAUAUACACCGGAUCCGCGCUACAACUCUCCGGACUACAAGGCACCGCAGUACACAGCACCUCAACAAUACGUGGCCCCUGCCGCCCCCAGGAACUACGGAGGUAAACCUAGUGUAGACGAUGGACAAUACCACCCAGAACUCUACGAAACAGAGAACUACGGUAACUCUCAACCUCAGUACCAAUCACAAGCUCAAUACCAGGCUCCCCAGCCUCAGUACCAGCCGCAGCCGCAAUCUCAAUACCAGCCGCAGUCACAGUUCCAAGCCAACACCAUCUACCCUGGUGUGCAACAAGCUCAGUACAGUGGACUUUCAUCUCAGCAGUACGACAAUUCCGGCUACCAGCCAGAGACUCGCCAGCAGUACUAUGAGCCGACAACGCCGCCACCCAGUCGCUUCUUCCCCCCGGGCAAGUUCAGCCUAAACAGAGCGCCUGAUGGUUAUACUUACUCUUUCCACAAAGUAUAAAUAAAUAAUUUAUAUGAGGGGAUAUCGGCGAGAUGUAUAGUUUGUAAUAGCAAAAAACAUGCAUCGAUUAACAAUACGCCGAAUCAUCGGGGGGACGAUAGAGCGGGCUGGCCCAUGACUGCUACUCGAGCAUUUCUUGACAUUUGUUACGCUGUGAUAUUGUGAGUUGAUGGACUUAUAUACGUGUUGUUCGUUUUUGUUAAUU